AGUGAAGCUGAGACUUGAGAGGGAGACUAAGAGUGAGAGGGAGGGGGAGACUGAGGGUGAGAAUAAUUCGUGAGAUCGUGAGACUGGUGAAAGGGAGACUGAGGAUAUGAGAUCGUGAGAGGCACUGAGGGUAAGGGAGACAGAGAGUGAGAGGGAGGGGGGCCGACGACGGCGAGAGGCGAGAGGAGAGUAUCGGUGACGGCAAGACCCGAGAGGAUCUGCAGACCGUGGCGACGGUGUGCUGUUGGGCUGCUGAAAGAGGAGCUGAGGAGAGUAACGGCGACGGCGAGACCCGAGAGGAUUUGCGGACUGUGGUGACGACGUCCUGCUAGGCUGCCGGAAGAGGAGCUGAGGACAUUGAAAUCUUGGCCCGGGGGUGCAGGCGGCGUGCAGUGGGCAGAGGGGUGGGUGUGGCCAUGUCCGUGUGGGUAAGAAAUUAGGGUUUUUGGUUAAAUGGGUAUAUAUAUAUAUAUAUAUAGGUAACUAAAUGAGUGACCCGACCUGAACCCGGGUUAACCAGUUUAUAAAUGGGCAGGUCAUGGGUUAACCCGUUUAUAAACGGGUUGACUUUCAUAAACCUGGACCUGUUUUAAUGGGGCGGGUCAUGGUGACUCGUCAGGUAUGGACCUGUUUAUAUAUAUAUUAGUAUGUGUUAUUAUGGUAAUAUAUUAUUAUUAUGGUAUAUUUUCUAUUAUGUAUUGCUUUAUUUUCUUAGUAUUUUUGUAUUAUAUUAUGUAUUUUUGUGUGAGUGUCCCUAUGAUCAUAAAAGGGCAAUGAACAUUUUAGGCCUCACCGAUUGUAGCUCCGAGAGGAGUUUUUCUAAUGAGAUAUCUUUUUUUUUAUGGGUCUUAUUAGACAUUCCUAAACCACAUCUCAUUUUGAUUAUUUUUCAUUUAUUGUGCAUAUUUUGUUUAUUAAAGAAGGAGUAAAUUAAAAGGUUAUUAAAAUUCAAUUUGAGAAUAAUUCUUAGUUAAUUAGAUACCAUUUGUAAAACGGGUGCAUAGGGGGUGCGAAUAUCUUCGCCUAACAUAGCUGAACUCCCGAUUCUAAUUCUGAUAUAUGCAGACCUAUACUAUUUUUAAUUGAAUAGUAAUCGGGUGUUCUAAUCGCACCAAGUAAAAAUAGGUUAGUCGUGACUCCAAACUUUCAAAUUUUUCCCUAAAAUCAACUUAUUAUUUUUAUUCACCUCCCCGGAGCACCUUGCUCUUGGGAUGUCGCGACAAUAGGGAAAGGGGAAAAUAACCAAUCAAUCUUAAUUGAUUGAUCAUUUUUAAAAUAAAUGAUAACGACUGCUUAAUUUUUUAUAUUUGAUUUUAUUUACAUUUUUAACAUAUUACUAACUAAAAACUCGUGGGCAGGUAUAGAUAUUGAGAAGUUGGUCCAUAAGAAUGGGACUAUUUUUUUUAUUUUAAUUAUUUUCCUAUGUAUUUAUCAGUAUUAUAUAUUUUUUAAUUUUGUUAUUGUACUAAUGAAUAUUACAGAGUAAUCUACUAUAUACAUGCUUGAAUUGGGUAGGGAGAAUGAGCAAAAUAAAAGAUCCGCUUAAGAAAAGAUCCUAGAGAGCAGCAAAAUUAAAAGAAGAAAUCUAGGUUUUGCUACACAAAGCCUCAAACAAAAUGAGAUGUUUAUACCCAGGCCCCUGUUUUGAUUUUUUUGAUUUUUCUAAAAUUAUUUUAGUUGAAAAUUAUUUUAAUUUUUCCUUUUUAAAAAAAUUGAAAAUUUUAUAUUAUAAAAUUUAAAUAAUUUUUAAUAUUUUUUAUUUAUAAAAUUUAAAAAGGUAUGUAGGAUCCAAAAAUUCAAAGAGUGUAAAAAAAAUGCUAGAAAAUUACAAAAAAGUUAGAAUUUUAUCUCAAUUUUCAUGCGAAAGCUCAAAAUUACAAUUUGACUUCCUAUAAUUUUGGAUGACUCAUCACCAAGUACAGUAAGAUUUGGUAAAAAGAAAGCCAAAAAAUCAUAAAUGAUGAGACUUUUACCUAGAUUUUUGAGUCGAAGGGCAAAAUUGUUAGGAGAUGCUACCUUAUCGUUUUGGAUUACUUUGGAUCACCUAGUGCAGUUUGGUUUGCCAGGAAAAGACCAUAAAAGUAAGAAAUGAUAGGAUUUUACCUUAAUUUAUGCAUCUAAAGUCAAAAUUAUUGUCAAACAUUUUUCUACCAUUUUUCAAACUGUUUUGAAUCAUCUAAUGGAGUCAAAUUUGACAGAAAGAGUAUAGAAAACUCUGAAUGAUAGAGUUUUUGCCUGAUUUGUGUGUUUGAAGUCAAAAUUACUGUCAUAUCUCUUUUUAUCGUUUCAAAUUGCCCCAAAUCACUCGGUGCAAUCAAAAUUGGCAGAAACAGAGCCAAAAAAGCAAAAAUAACCCUAAAUAAAUUUUUUUCAAACAAAAUGGACAUCGACAGUUGCAGGCUAAUCGAUUGCCUUCAGGGGUCGGUCGAUCACCUGAAAGGUUUGACGAACAACUAGUUUGGAGGAGGGUUGGUCGACCAUCCUAAGGGACUGGUCAAUUACAUAGUACAAUAUUUUACUUUUCUCUUCAUUUUCUUGGAUUUUUGCAUCUUUAUUUAGGUUAGAAUUUGUUUAGUCAAAAAUUGGGUAUUGACAAUGAUCAUUCCUCCAGGUGCCAAAUUUAUUGCCAUAAGAAAUUUGGGCCAUGGGAAUGGAAUGUGGCGUGUGUUGGUCUUCUACUAUGCCUCCACAAAAGAAAUAAUAAAGGUGAGGGCUAAUACAAUUAGAGAAAAGCCUCUAAUGUUUAAGUGUAUUUAGAUAAAGGAAACAAAGCAAGAGUAACUUAAUUAUUUGGAAGCUCCCAAUUCUUUGAUUUGUGGACAUAUGGGAAAGUUGUAGGUUAAAGGGUAUAUGCCUCAUGCUUAUAGGACGAUCCAUGAUAAUACUCUUACGAAGUGGAUCUUUAAUAUGAUCAUAUGUGAUGUCUCAUUUUUUGCAAUUGGUAAGUCUUUCUUUUAAUGUUUGCCAGUUCAGUAAAAAAUAAAACAUGAUUUUGCAUUAAAAUAAACAAAGAACAAGACUUUAAAUCUCACUCAAAAUUUAAAACACUUCAACCCUAACAUGUAAUAAUAUUUGAACCCAAUUCACACUAUAUUAUAUUUCUACUUCAUCUCGAUUGAUAUGUGGAUAUGCCUUUUCAAAUUUCAUGAAUUUUAAAUCUUACCCAAGAAAAAUGGUCUUUCGCAAGUCAUUUUAUUUUAUUUUUUGUUGUGAACUAUGUUUUUGACAUGGGCUAAUGUCAUUGGGGAACCAAACGAGCCGUAGGGACGGAAUUUCGUGGGGGUGGAGAGCAGUGGGCGGCCGUGCCUUAUGUUUGGAACCAGAUUGGGCGUGAAGAGGCAACCCCCCCAGCUUUCCCCUUCCCCUACCCAUUUCUAUUUCGUUCUCUCAUCGGGAAUCGGGGGUUCCUGUUGUCUCCUUUUCUCGUUGUGCAGAUUGUUUGAUCCUCAUCUCGAAGACAGAGAAUCCAGAGACAGUUUGUGUGGGAGAGAGAAUGUCGAAGAAGAAGGCUUUCAGCGGCUCAACUAUGACGCUGAAGGACUUCCAUGGCGGUUCUAUCCCUUCCGAUCUUCCUCUCCCUUCUGCUCCCGGUGUAACUGCGAGGCCUUCAGAUCGAGCUGGUUUUGAUCGCCACUCCUCAUGGGGCAAUCCCAUGGGCCGGCCUGAUCACCGUCUGCGUCCAGGAUCCUCUCCUGCUGCAAAAAGUUUUGACGACAAAACCCCUUUCCUUGCUCCUACUGCACGCAUUGGUCGGAAUUUUGAUGAAGAUGAGCGGAAGCCCCUUGAUGGCGUCUCGGUGCCACGCCGGACAGUCAGUGAUGAAAGCAUUUAUGCUCCACCGAGUCGAGGAGAAUCAAAGCCGGAUUCUUACUCUGCUAGACUUGCUGAGGCAGGUAAUAUGGGCAUAAGUUCUGGUAGACAGGUAUUGACCACCGCAUCUCAUUUGCCAAGUGCUAAUGUCAGUACAUACUCUGGGAGACUUGCUGAGACAAAUCAGGUAGGUAUGAAUUCUCAGAAUUUGGGUAGCAACAGUGGUACGACCUUUACUGGGUCUUAUCCGAAUGCAUGGGCAGCGAGGAAGGAUGCAGUUGGCACAACAGAGCCUUUGCCCUCAGCCUGGUCAGGACCAGCUGCGGUCUCAAAGUUGGCACAAGCCAGUGCACUUGAGAAGGUGUCAUCGGGUAGAUGGCAGUCUAAGCAACCAAUCCAUUAUCAGGCGGAUGUUGAGGUCAUUCAAUAUUCUGAAAUUGAUAGUGGGUUACAUGCCAAGGGAACACAUAAUUAUGUGCAUACUGGGACUGAAGUUUUGAGUGGGAGGGAAUACUUUGAUUCAUCAUUGGCAAGACAUGCAGACAGGGGUCUGAUUGAAGAUGGGACUCGUGGUGGCGGCAAGGAGUUACAAUGCUAUGAAACAGCCAGGUCUCCCAUGCAUUUGGAAGCAAAAGAGAGGAACCAUAUGCUUUAUACCGAUGAGUUUCAAUCUGCUGCCAUGGAUGGUAAAUUUGGCAAGUUUGAAUUGCAGCCACCAGUACCUUCUGAAGCAUCAGAGCGGCCUAAGUUGAAGUUGCUUCCAAGAUCAAGGCCAUUGGAUGGACUGGAGCCGCCUUCUGUCGAGUAUAAGCAGCUGAGUGAGUUUGCUAGUGUCGAAACUGCUAUUGAAUCACAUGCAACCUUUGCUUCUGCAAAAGUAGGGUCAGCUGGUGUGGAUAGUCGGCUGCCAGAGCGCCCAAAAUUGAAUUUAAAGCCACGUUCACAGCCCCUUGAAAAAUUGGAUGGAAGCAUUGAAAGAGAAAGGAAGAUGUUGUUUGGGGGUGCCCGCCCACGAGAACUGGUUCUGAAGGAGCGAGGGAUUGAUGAUGUUACUGACAAUGAUGUUCAGGAUCAUCCUCCAAAUAGGGUCAAAAACGAGGUUGCCAAGACUGAAAUUGUUUCUGGGCAUGCUAUUCCUGCCCGCUACACUGAAAGGGCCGAGAAUCUUCCCCUUGAUCAUAGGAUUGGAAAGACUGCUGAGAGGAAGGAUCGAGUAGAUGUUGAGAGAGCUGAUGGCCAGAGGAGAAACUGGCGUAAUGAGAACUGGAGGAACAGUAAGGAGAUUGAAAAGCAGCAGCAGCAGCAGCAGCAGGAGAGGGAACGCUCACCAGAAACCUGGCGUAAGCCUGUUGAGCAGCCAAAGCCGGCCUCCCCUGAUGCUUCUGGAGUGCGUUAUGGGAAGGUGGCUUCAGCUGUUGAACUUGCCCAAGCAUUUUCCAGAUCAAUCUCAGACUCAAAAACAUCUGAUCAAUUUUCUAGCCCAAGGAACCUUUCCGGUCAGUCCCAGAUGCCUUUUUCACGUCUAAUGGGAUCAACUUCUAGGCCUCAGAUCAAUGGCUACUAAAAAAAUUCACAGUUUGGCGGGUUGCUUGGGUAUGGGUAAGAAGAUUGCAUUCCUGGUGAUUACGGUUUUAACGACACACAAUUGGCCAUGCAGGCAGGAACAUACCAGCACAAGCAAUGGCAACCACCUGAUUUUUCUUCUUUCCUGUUAAUUCAGGCAUAUGAUUAUUUCGGAUAAUCAACAGUGUCAUUUAGAUAAUCCCUCCUUUUUUUAUUUUUAUCUCUUCACCCCCUGCUAGCCUUGGGAGAAGAUUUUUAUUUUCUAGAAGGAAAAACUGAUAUGUUGGCUUUGAACACAAGGAUUAAGGCCAUGUUAGCUUGAGAUGGCAAUGUAUGCUUCUGGUAAGGAGUGAUAUAAAAGUGUUCAUGAUUGCCAUUUCAUAUGGGGGACAUUGUUAUGAUUGUAAAAUUUGACUUGGAAGUAUGUAAUUGAAUAUGAUGCCUAAUUUGAGGAUGAAUUUGGAUGGGCAGAUCGCCGAGAGGGAAUACAGAUGAAUGCCACUGGGAUUUUGUUCGAAA